AUGGCGCCCGCCGGUGGCAUUUUCCCAUCGCGCCACGAUUUGGCCGCCUCGGCGGAGGCGCUCAUGGCCUGGAGGGUCGGCGCAGCGCCUCACCUUGGCCUGGAGGCUGGCUGCCAUGGAGCUCCCCUCGGCCUAGAACUAGGGCUCCACGGGGCCUCCCUGCCCGAUAGAUGGGACCUGGAAGAUACACCAGAAACAGAAGAAAAAGUUCUCAAAAUUGCGAAAGAGAGAUAUAGAGGCUGGCGAUCAACUCUAAGCUCCACUUACAAGGCAUACAAAAUAGAUGCAGCUAGAUUGGCUAAUCUGCCGAAAGAUUUACAACCAGAAGAGUGGGAAUGGAUGAUUGAGUACUUUGGCACUGAUUCAAAAUUUCAGGACCGCAACCAAAAGAACGCCGAUAACCAUAAGAAACAGAAGACAAAACACAUAAUCGGAUCAAAAUCUUACUCGCAAGUUAGUUUUGAGAAGAGAAACUUGGAAACUGGAGAAGAGCCAGAUUGUAUUGCUCUGUGGGAACUCACCCACACAAACGAUGGAACAUGGUCUAACACAGAUUCCCAGAUAGUUUACGACAAAGCACUUCAAGAGGUUAAAAACAAAGAAACUGAAACUGAAGGUCCACUUUCAAGUGAGCAGAAAAACAAUAUUUUCCAGACCGCUUGCAAAGACACUCUGGAAUGCAAGUCAUCGCAGCCUCGUGGGUACGGAUACAUGGCCAAAACUUCAACUGGUUCUGAAAGGUUCCGUAUCCAGAUUGAAGAGCAAGCUCGUGCUACAGCAGCCACCCAGGAGCGAAACUCUCAGCUCGGCCAGCAAGUCAACGACUUAGAAGAUCAACUACAAGCUGAAUGUGCUAACACACAAGAGAGGAUUAACUUGGAGCGUGCUGAGAGAGAACAACUUGAGGAGAGGUUAAAAGAAGAGUGUGCUGAAAGGGAAAGAUUGUUGCAAGAGGAGUGA